ACAACUCGGUUAAUACGAUAAGAUUUGUGGAUGUUGCGUUUAGUUGUGAAACCGAUGGAAGUGGCAUGGACCGUCAGUGAUUUCUGAAGUUUUUUGUUUUUUUUUGUUUUGGGGAAUUCGAAAUGAACAUUUAUUUCAAACGGAGGAUCAAUUCUGUAUUUCUGUAAUUUAUGAGCUAUCGACGUUUUACAUUGAUUUUGAACUAUAUUAGUUUGAAGUACAUUUUAAGGGAGCAAGCUUAUAUAUACCAAGAGUCUUGUACAUGAAUAAGCUUCCUUUAUCCCAACCCCGACUCCUUAAAUGAUGAAUUGAUACAUAAAUCAUGCAUCGGAGGAUAGAUUAUCAAAUGUAUCAAAAGAAGUAUUGAAUCUGAGCAACACUGAUCUUUUUUUAAAGAAAGAUACGUAAAUGAAGUCAGUGGAACACAUUCUUCAAUUUUGAUCAAUGAAGAGUUGUGUUCAGAGAUGCUAAGGUCGUAUUUUCCCUCAAAAUCUGGAUAACAUUUCCCCUUUGUUGCCGUCUUAGAACCAGUGAAGUGUGCGUGACACUUUUAUACCUCUCUGUGCAUUUCAAUAUCCCAGUUCAUUGACAGAAAAAAGGCGUAUUAAACUUGGGUGUAUAGUAAAGCAUUGAUUUAAUGCUGUCUUAAUAGUCCUCUUGUGAAAUACAAAACACUAGGAAAUCUUAGUACAUUUUAGUUCGUCAAUGACUCCGCGAGGAAACACCUUUGAUAAUCAUUGUACAUUAGUUUGUGCUGUAGGUUAUUAUAAAGGAUCACGUAAUCAGAAAUAUCGUUUCUCGAUCGUUUGGGCCGCGUCCCUUUCGAACACUUCCAGCACUGUGACGGAUAUAUAAACCCAUUAAAGUUUAAUUUCUAAGAAAUACAUUGAGGAAUUCGAAUAGAGAUUCCAUUUCAACUUUGGAUAAUAAUAUUUCAAAGAGAAGUUGAAUUUGGACGAGCAGUUCUCCGUCUGGAAAUUUUUAUUUUCAAACCGGAUUUUAAGAUUUUACAGGAUUUUUAAGCUAACCAGGAGAUAGGCAAAACCUCACGACUUCGAGAAGGAAAUACGAGCAAAUGGAGAAGUUAGAAGAGGCGGCAACCAAUUGUAGGAAGGUGAUAAAAAGUUUCGUGUUCAACGGUUCCACUAAUAAUGGUCUGUACUGUGAGCCCGUCUGGGAUAACAUCAUGUGUUGGGAGGCCACGGCAGCCGGUACUGUGGCAACGCAAAGAUGUCCGACCUAUAUCCAGGGUCUACAAACCGACGGACACGCGAAACGACACUGUACGGAGAACGGAACUUGGUUCAUUCCGCCAGGACGGAAUGUCAGCUGGACAGACUUUGGAGACUGCAUCAAAAACAACAAACAACUCACAUUCUCACCGGAGACGCAGGACCAUCUGGUUCGUAUCAGGCUGAUAUAUAACAUCGGGUACGGGGUGUCGCUAUGUUCCCUCGUGGUGGCUGUCUUCAUCAUGCUGUGCUGCAGAAAACUGUCGUCUAAAAGUAACACAUUACACAUUAACCUAUUCAUCGCCUUCAUCCUGAGAGCCAUCAUGUCCUUCCUGAAGGAGAGCCUAUUCGUGGACGGGCUGGGACUGGAAAAAGACCUCAAAAACGUCAACGGGGUGUACCGAUUCCGAGAGGACGUAACGCACUGGGAGUGCAAACUGCUAUUCACAGUGUUUGUAUACACUAUAUCUGCGUGCGCAAUGUGGAUAUUUAUGGAGGCCCUGUAUCUGUAUAUGAUGGUAUACAACACGUACUUCACAGAGAAGCACGGGGUCCAACUCUACGUCGUGUUCGGGUGGUUGCUUCCAGUCGUGUUUAUCAUACCAUGGGUGGUAGUACGAGCUAAAAUGGAGGAUAUAUUGUGUUGGAAUACAAAUCCUAACCCGAGUUAUCUCUGGAUCAUGCGGGGACCGCUCUUUUUAAUAUACAUUGUAAAUUUCCUACUUUUUCUUGACAUUGUGAGAGUACUAUUCAUACGUGUUAGGAAGAACCAGAGAGUGUCUGGGGCAAGAAAAGUAAGGAAGAUGGCCAAGUUUAUAGUAGUUCUGAUCCCUUUAUUUGGAGUCUGUUACAUCGUGUUCUCCUUCUUGGGAGGGAACGACAUUGACGUUGAUAGGGAUAUCCCUUACCUGUACGCCGAGAUGUUCUACAACUCCUUUCAGGGCUUUUUAUUAGCAGUACUCUUUUGUUUUCUGAACGAAGAGGUAUUGCAGGAGAUACGCAAGGCUUGGUACAAAUACGCUCUUCGCAGGAGAGAAAGCUAUGUGUAUUCUAGAUCAGCGUUCAUGACCACGUGGAAGAAAGGAUCCAACCGGUCUCAUACAGUGUCCUCAUUCAUUGACGGAGAAAGGUCGUCUGACAUUACAAACUCCACAAGACUCCUGCCAAAAGGCAAGAACAAUAAUGAGUGUGUGUCCAAGUCCUUUACUGACUUGAGGGCGGAAGCUGUCGAGGCCAUUCGAAGAGAAACUUGCGAGGAGGCAAAUUGUCGGUUUUUGACGGUGCCUAGCCAUAAACACCGUCACCACUCGAACGUGAACUCUGAAGUCAUCGAUCUCAACUGAGAAUUGCUCAACUCAGAGUGAUAAUCAUAGUCCCAUUUUUGUAGGAAGUGAAUUAAAGUUGAGUUGGCUUAAUCAAAGCACGACAACUUUAGUGAUAAAUGUGUAAUAUUAUUAAUUAACGUGUACAUAUUUUUGAUAUUAUAUAGUAAGAAUUGCAAUUAUGAAGACGAUAAUUUAUAAAUUAUUUAAUACAUUAGUCUCUCAAUAAUCAAUAAAUUAAAUAAUUAUGAUAAAAUCAUUAUAAGAACUUACACUGGAGACUAUUUAAAUGUUGAAUCUUUAAAUCUCUUGAUCAACUCUAGUUCUUUUAAACAUUUCAUAAACAAAGUGUUGCUUGAAUGAUAGUUAAGCAACCAACAUUUCAGAACAAAGACAAACUAUUACUGUCAUUUGACUCCUAUUUAUCUUUUUCAGUCUUAUACUUUAGCUAAAAUUGAAUCAUAACUGUUUCAAUAUAUAAUAUGUACAUCAAAAUUUAUUUAUCUGAAUUCUACAUUCCGUUUGAGAUAUUUACAUACUAGACAUUUAUAAGAGAAAUUUAAAAACAUUCUCAAGAUUAAGUUAGAUUACAAACAAAAUAAUGGCUUAAUUGUUGUCAUUUAUGAAUGAUUUAAAAUAAGCUUGACUGUUUACGACAAUUUUAAUCAUCUUUAGAUCUAAUAGAAUUACCUGGCUUACCCCACACAGAGAAAAAGACAAGGAGUUAUCUCAACUUUUGAAAGACUUUGGUUUAAAAGUAAAUAAAAUCUUUAAAGAUAAAUUCGGCUGUUGUUUACAAACUGUGCCGAGCUUGAUGAACGACAUUAAUAUCUCAAACGUCCCAGUUAAAGUUUUGUAACCAACCAUGAUAAAAGUUAUUACUUUACGUUGUUUACUGUUAAAUCAUUUUUAUUCGUAGGGGUCAAUGUUUGUGGGUAGCCAAUAUUUUUCCUGUUCCUGGGGAUGUACAAUGUAAUGUCGUUGGUUACAAGUUUGGAAUGCUUUUUAUAAAUGUUAAACAAAUGUUUCAACAUGUAGAUACUGUCAUGUGGAUAUAAAUUCGUUGAAAAAGGGUUACAAUUAAACCAGGGUCAUGUGUCUCCAAUACAAUGAUGAUUUCACAAUAUUUGAUUAUUUUUGGCAUCUAAAACAGCCUUGUCAUUAAACCUGUAAGUUUAAACAUAUCGAUAUAAAUAUCGUCAACUUUUAACACACUAUGUGUGUUGAAGGCAGACUAUUGGAUAUUCUAUAUCUCGACUUACUGGUCACUUCUAGGCAUGCUUAAACAUUUGGAAUAUGCGACUGCGUUGAGUUAAACUGAAAGGGUUGUAUGAGUUUGGGUGAGUGGACUCUUUCGGUGGUGUAUGUUUUGUGUUGUUGUGUGUGUGGAUAUAAUUUGUGUUAUAAAUAUAUAAGAUAUAAAAUUGAACGUUUCUCCCAAAAGUUAUUUCAUUGUUUUCCCUUGUCAGUCCAUUAAAGAGCGUUUACGUGGAAGAGUGCAUCAUAUUACAUUGUUACAGUUCGAUUUCCAAAAUUAUUGAUAAAAAGGAAAGUUUUAAUUUGUAUUUUUCUCUGUUUAUUAAGGAAAUGUUACUGUUGUAUCUGAAUCCAUUGUAUUUCUAAGCAUGCCAGUUGUAUAUAUUGAAUAAAGAUAUGAACCACAAA